AUGCACCAACAGAACGAGCCCAUGGAGAACGAUUCACAGUCUGGGGGCGAAUCCGUCCAAAACAAUAGUAACAACAACGCAAUGGAUGCCCAAUCCGCGGCCGGCGCUUUCGGUGAAGGUACGUAGCGGUCUCGUUAUCGCGGAUCGACCGGCUCCGGAGAGGAUGGCGAUAAUCGGCUACGGGAACUGCUCGAAUCCAGGGGAAUCCCACCGCACCUUCUCGGAGCCCUGGGCCCUCGAAUGCAGCAUUUCCUGCAUAGGUACGUAGGUACCAUAGGCGGCGUGUCGAAUCUGUCGAGCGGGAACACCAGGGCGACGCAACUGCUCGAAUCGUUGCGGUCGACCGAUCAAAACGACCAACUGCAGGGUGUCAUAGCGAUGUGCGACACGUUGAUGAUGGGCAACGAAGACUCUCUCCCUGGUUUCCCCUUCAAAUCUGUGAUUCCCGUUCUCGUGGAGUUGCUGUCGGGACCGACCGAUGGACGAGCUCCGAAUUUCGAGAUCAUGCACCACGCGUGCCGAGCGCUCACCCACAUGAUGGAUACUCUGCCGCGGAGUACGGGUCUGAUAGCCGAAAGUAUCCCAAAAUUCGUCGAGAAGCUCGAGUCGAUCCAGUGUAUGGAUGUCGCCGAACAGAGUUUGACGGCUCUCGAGAUGCUCAGCAAACGACACGCGAAGGCGAUACUUCACGCGAACGGUGUAGCCGGUUGUUUGGGUUUUCUAGACUUUUUCUCAAUCAACGCGCAGAGAGCGGCGCUCACCAUAACGGCCAACUGUUGCGCACACCUAGGCCCAGAGGAUUGGUCGCUCGUGAAGCCCAGCGUACCUCUUCUAUCUCAACGAUUGGAUCCUAUCAGCUCCGAUAACCCUGAUAAGAAAAGCGUAGAGUGCGUCUGCGCAGCUCUAUCGAGAAUCGUCGAAGCAUUCCAGGGGAAUCCGGAGGUCCUGCAAGAGAUGGCGCCCCGAUCCACUUUGGAUUCGAUCCAGGCCCUUCUCCUCCGCCAUCCGCCCCUCGUUUCUUCGCACACGUUCGUCAUAGUUAUUCGAAUGCUCGCGCUGCUCUGUCAGGGAUGCCCUUCGAUCGCCGGUGACCUCCUCGAGAGCAACAUUGACGAGACGAUACGUCAUCUGUUGGUCGGCGCUGAUCGAGACGACCUCAAGGAGGCACCUGAGCUCUUGGCAAGAUCGCCCCAGGAGCUCUAUGAGAUCACCGGGUUGAUCAUGGAACUCAUGCCCCGUCUUCCGGACGACGGUGUUUUCAGGAUCGAUAAACUCCUAUGGAACCCUCAGGGUUCGCAGGGCUCCCACAGCAGUAUCACGAGUCAGGCCCAAUGGAGCUGGCAGGACAACAACAUGGAGUUCCAACCUUACUCGUUGGUGGACAGUCGGUGCAUCGAAUCCGCGCAUGACAACGGCGAGGAAGAAGUCACCCUCUCGAUCAACGGGAAGACGUACGCUCUGAACUUCUCCUCGUUGCAACAGACGAGUGAAGACAGCGGAACCUCAAGGGCCAUCCGGCGGACCGUCACGAACGACGGAGCGUGCUCGCAUCAUUCUACCAGCGCCAAGACGAAAACUACCACAGUUUCCAACACCAAAGACGUGCGAAAAGAUUUCGUCAAGGAGAAGCCCGAAGUUAUCGCCAAAUUCGUUCACAGUCUCAUGAACAUUCUCUACGAAAUCUACGGCAGCAGCGCCGGUCCGACCGUCCGCCAUAAGUGUUUGCGGGCCAUGUUACGCAUUGUAUAUUACACCGAUUCAGCGACGCUCGGAGGAAUUCUUAAAGCCGACUCGGUCUCGAAUCAUCUCAGCCAAAUGCUGUCGGCCCACAACGACAUACGCGUUACCGUCAUGGCGCUCCAACUCACGGAUAUCCUCAUGCAGAAGAUGCCUCAGAUGUUCAUUCAUCCCUUCAAUCGCGAGGGGGUCCUGCACAAAAUUUCCGAGCUCUCCCUGCGGACCGUUGAGCCCCUCGAACUGCAGCAGCAACAGCAGCAACAGAACGCAGCCUUUGGACAACGUAUUUUCGGCGAUAUGUUGAAACGAAAACGCACUUCGGGUGCUGCCGCAAGUGCAAACGAUAAGAAGAGACCGUCCGAUUCACGCGGGAAAGACCCGAGGAAACCGAAGGGCCAGGAAACGAAGCGCGCCGGCCCCGCCACAAGGAGCAGACUUUCAGUUCAUGGUGAUUUGGAAAGUCCAGAGGAUCAAGCCCCCAAACCGUCGAGUUCGGGACAGGACUCAACCCCUGGCUCCUCGAAUUCCAGUCCCGUUUCGCUGAGAUUCGCGACCAGCAGUGCUCGCCUUCUCGGUGAGCCGGAGUCAAGCCACUCGAGCAAGAAGAGUUCCGCCUCUGGCGGUGCAAGUUCAGGUGGAGGUUGCGCAGGAGGCGGUGCAGGCGGAGGGGGCGGAGGAGGAGGAUUCCUCUCGAUGGUACAAUCUCGUUUCGGUAAAUGGGGUAAUCAGAGCCCGAGCGCACAGCCAGCGGCAAGCAGCAGCACGCACGUGUGCGACCAACAAGUUACUCUGCACCAGCAACAAAAACGACACAGGCAGCAAGUGGUCCGACAAGUCAAACAGUGGAUUCAUCACGAGAGCAUUUGUCUCAAAUUGAACUAUUUCGCCAACUACACACAGCAACUGUGUACAAGCACACUCGAGAAGCUCGAGAGCGCGGUGGCUCUAGUCAAGGCCGGACAAAACGACAGCUCAGCACUCGCGCAAGGCCUCAAGACGAUCUGCGAAGUUCUCCAGGAGGGGGACGUAUCUUCAUUCGAGCUGAUCCACUCAGGAAUGGUUGCUGUACUCUUAGAUCUCUUCGCUCAGCCUGGGUCAGAGGAAUUUUCCCGCAAUGCGAAAAUCAUGCUGCAGGUGUUCGCCGGAGUUGACACGAGCUUGAGUGCGUGCGAUGCCCAAAUCGAACCAAUCGCAGUUCCCAAUGCGACACCGCUCUUGAAUCUAGUAACGAGACUCAACUCGUGCGUUUCGCAAUUAGAACAGUUCGCGUUAAAGGUUCACGACGUACCCGGAGGUGUUGGUGGAACGCGCGGCACAUCGGCCCUUAGGUUCUUCAACACGCAUCAACUCAAGUGCAACCUCGAACGUCAUCCCAGCUGCACGAAUUUGAAGCAGUGGAAGAGCGGACCGGUGAGAAUCGAUCCCUUGGCUCUAGUUCAAGCGAUCGAGCGAUACCUUGUAGUCAGAGGAUAUGGCCGAGUACGCGACGACGACGACGGCGGAUCCGAAGAGGAUAAUAGCGACGAAGACCUUGACGAAAGCAUGAUGCUCGGAACGUCUCAGGGCCACAACCGACACCGGUUGCAAUUCCUGAUCGGGGAAACCCCUCUGCAGUACAACAUGACAGUGUACGAAGCCAUAAAACAGUAUUCCCAUCUGUCUGAAGGAUCGGCCCAUUCGGAAGCCGAUCUUUUUGACGUUAGUUUCGGUGAUUCCGCUUCAUCAGCUGUUUGGACUCAGACGCACACCAUCUUCUACAAACCGGCCGCGUCGGAAGAGGUCGGACAGAACGGCCUCAACCAACGCAAGAAGAACAAGGGCGGCAGCAGCGGCAAGAAGCAAUCUGUCAGAGACGAUCUCUGGAACGAGGGCACCACUCCUCCGAUCGCCUGCCCUAUCGAAGGAGCGCUGGCGACAGGGAAAAUGCACGAGACGAAACUGCAUGACCCUUCGCUCAGCAUGCUGUCACUGCUGCGGCUCUUGUACACCCUGAGCAAUAACUGGGGCUCGCUGUAUGGAGUGCAUCACUUUGUCCCUGCUCUACAAGAAGAGGUAUUCCUUAACGCCAAGAUGAGCAACAAGUCUCUCAGACAGCUUCAGGACCCAUUGGCUCUGAUGACAGGGAACAUCCCGCACUGGCUCAAGACAUUGUCGGCAUUUUGUCCCUUCGUUAUGCCGUUCGAGACGCGACACAACCUCUUCUACAGUACCUGCUUCGAUCGCGAUCGUGCUUUGCAACGCCUUAUGGACGCGAGCCCUGAGCUCCACGCCGCGGACUCAUCGGAGAGGGUGACCCCACGACUCGACCGCAAGAAGAGGACCGUCAAUCGCGACGAUCUCCUCAAACAGGCCGAGAUGGUCUUCAACGAGAUUUCAAUCAACAACAGUCGUGCGAUGCUCGAGAUUCAAUACGAAAAUGAGGUCGGCUCCGGGCUUGGUCCCACUCUGGAGUUUUACGCUUUGGUUUCGCGCGAACUCCAGAGGUGCGAUCUUGAAAUGUGGCGAAAUUCAAUGUCCAGCACGGAUCGCGCCCUCUACCAGAAGGGUGGCGAGAAGAAGUUCGUCUUCAGCCCUGGAGGUCUCUAUCCCAAUCCCCUGCCGCGUAACGUCAAGUCAUCGCAGCUCAACAAACUGAGAAGCCGAUUCAAGAUGUGUGGCAAGUUCGUGGCCAAGGCUCUCAUGGACUCCCGUAUGCUCGAUUUGCACUUUUCGGUGCCCAUGUUCAAGUGGAUGCUCGGCGACGAGAAGACGUUGUCUCUGCGUGAUAUGCAACAUCUGGACGAGCAAUUCUUCAAACAUCUCUGCAGUCUGCAAAGUCUCGUGGAACAGAAAAAUCGUAUCGUCGCUCAGAACAGGAAUGUCGCGGGACCAGCUCUCUCGAAAAGCCUCGAGAAACUCACGCUGGACGGAUGUUCAGUGGAGCUUCUUGGUCUCGACUUCACCCUUCCUGGCUACGACAUCGAAUUGAAGAAAGGUGGCUCGAACAUCGCGGUGACAAUUCACAAUCUCGAUCAAUACAUCAAGCUCGUCGUUCACUGGACGCUCGUGGAGGGCGUUCGGCGUCAAAUGGAAGCAUUUAAGGAAGGAUUCGAAAGCAUCUUCCCCAUCGAGUCCCUCGGUCACUACUUCAGACCCUCCGAACUGGACCGCGCAAUGUGUGGAGACUCGGCUCUCUGGAGUCUUGAAGUGCUGCGAGAAGCGUGCAAAAUCGAUCAUGGCUACACUGUCGACUCCCGAGCCAUUCAAUUCCUCUUCGAAAUUAUGGUGGAGUUUGACAAGCAUCAACGACGCCAAUUUCUGCUCUUUGUGACGGGGUCUCCCCGACUUCCAGUGGGCGGAUUCAAGGCUUUGGUGCCCCCGCUUACAAUCGUGAAGAAAACAAGCUCCGAAGGACUCUCAUCCGAUGGCUACUUGCCAUCGGUGAUGACAUGCGUCAACUAUUUUAAACUGCCUGACUACUCUUCGAAAGAGGUUAUGCGUGAUAAGUUGCUGAUAGCGCAGUCUGAAGGACAGUGCUCGUUCCAUCUGAGUUAAACAAAAAGGUCGUCUUAGAUAUCGAAAACCAAUGACCAUGAUGGGAAAAAUCUACCAGGACAUCGCUAGCAAGGACGGCAUGUGCGCCUACGGAGGCUGACUCAGUGAGAAUCGUGAAUUCCGUCUAUGAGAGUUCACUCAAUUGGAGAGUAGUCGAGCCGAUUUCGCCGAUUCGAAUUCACAUUUAAAUUAAAUCAUCGAAACUGCAGCAGUAGCAUGCAAAUGAAAAUCAAAAGGAUCGAUGGCGGGAGCGCGUUGCCCGACGGAAGCAUCAUACGAAAAAUGUCAGGAUUCUGGAGAAAAAUCCACUGUUCUUCGAUCUCGAGGCUCGCUCGCAGUUGUCUCGGGACGGAUCCCGAGACCGAUGGAAACGUUGUACAAAAAGGAAGAAAAACCUGGCCUCUUCCCUAAAAUACACGAUUGCGUAGGCCGGCGAUUGAGUCCUUUCCUUCCCCGAUUCUGACGUCAGAUCGCGGAAGUAUUCUUACGUGUAGUUGUUCCUUUCUUUUUCUUACAAUUCAGGCAAGCGAUAACCCAUAGACUUACACGAAUUUUCUCAUUUACUCUCGCAUACAAGGAAAAGAUACUAUCGGUGAUCAUCAUACAAGUGUAAAAUGUUUCAUAGAGGUUCUCCCAAUCGUUGGGAUUUCCGCCCCCAUGUAUCAGUGCUUUUCUGUAGCAAAGAAAGACACCUGUACCA